AUAUCUCUCCCUCUAUUUGUCUCACUCAAACCGCGGAGCAUCUAACAUAAUCAGUCUCAAUCAAGGUUUUUUUUUCUUCUUCUUCUUCUCUUCAUUUCUCUUUCUCUCUCAAUGGGUGUUUAGGAAACAACCACUUCAACUAUUUCCCCUCCAUUUUGGGGCAGUUAUCAGGAUCGACAUACUACCAGGUAAAACCGUGAUUAUUUUGUGCCCUAAUGAUUCUUAGAAGAAAAAUCUGUUCCACAACCACAAGUCUCACCAAAAUCCCCUUUAAUUCCUGCUCUUCGCACAACUACAGAGAUCAUAAUACACUCCAUGUCCUUACAAAUGAACAAGGAGGAAUGCUUAAGUUCUUAGCUUUCUCUAAGCUAGUUUCUCCGAAAUUUACUUCUUCCCUCUCGAAGUUUUGUUUUGUUAGGAACCCUAGUUAUUUGGUUAGGAAUUACUGCUCUGUGGAUAAGCCUAACGAGUGGACUGAGGAUAUUGAGUAUUUAGAUGAAUCGGGCCAGGUCAUUUUUUCUGGUAAAGGCACACGUUCAGUGCAGCCAGGACUCGACGAUCAUGUCAUGGUGGGUGGGCUGAAAAAACCUAUUCUGAAUGCCUCAGCGGUUGCCAAGAUCAUUGAGGUUGUAAAUAGGUGGAAAUGGGGCCCUGAAUUGGAGACCCAAUUGGACAAACUUCAAUUUGUGCCAAACAUGACUCAUGUCACUCAAGCCUUGAAGGUUGUUAAAGAUAGUGAUGCAGCUCUGAGCUUGUUUCAAUGGUGUAAGAGGAAAGCUUGGUACACUUCGAACGAUGAGUGUUUUGCUAUGAUAUUCGAUUAUUUGAACAAAAGUAAUAAGUUUGAAGAGAUUCAGUUGUUGUUUGAUGAAAUGGUAAGGGAUUCAAGUGGUAAUGGGAAUCUGUCAUUCAGUUCUUGUAAUCGAGUCAUUCAAUAUUUAGCUAAAGCUGAGAAAUUGGAAGUCUCAUUUUGUUGUUUCAAGAAGAUUCAAGAUUCUGGUUACAAACUCGAUACUCAGACUUAUAAUUCACUUAUCACUCUGUUUUUGAAUAAGGGUUUGCCUUACAAGGCCUUUGAAAUUUAUGAGGGUAUGGAAGCUGCAAAUUGUUCAAUGGAUGCUUCCACCUAUGAGUUGAUGAUACCAAGCUUGGCGAAAUCCGGCCGCCUUGAUGCGGCAUUUAAGCUCUUUCAAGAAAUGAAGUUAAAGAGUUUUAGGCCAGGAUUAAACGUCUUUGCAUCACUUGUUGAUUCAAUGGGAAAGGCUGGGAGGUUAGAUACAUCUAUGAAGGUGUACAUGGAAAUGAGGGGUGAUGGGCUGAGGCCAUCUGUAAUAAUGUAUGUUUCUUUAGUUGAGUCACAUGUGAAGGCAGGGAAAUUAGAUGCUUCCUUAAAACUAUGGGAUGAGAUGAAGAAAGCAGGGUUUAGGCCUAACUUCGGGUUGUAUACGCUGGUUGUUGAGUCACACGCAAAAUCUGGAAAGCUUGAUGUAGCAUUGUCUCUCUUCACCGAGAUGGAGAAGGCUGGAUUUCUACCGACGCCAUCUACAUACUCUUGCCUCUUGGAAAUGCACGCUGCUUCUGGACAAGUUGAUGCUGCCAUGAAGUUGUAUAACUCGAUGACCAAUGCCGGUUUGAAACCUGGUUUAAGUACCUAUACUACUCUUUUAACUCUACUGGCUAGUAAAAAACUCCUUGAUGUGGCUGCUAAAAUUUUACUUGAGAUGAAAACAAUGGGUUAUUCUGUUGAUGUUAGUGCUAGUGAUGUUUUAAUGGUGUAUAUUAAGGAUAGUUCUGUUGACCAUGCUUUAAGGUGGCUGCGUUUCAUGGGCUCAUCUGGGAUUCGAACGAAUAACUUUAUAAUCAGGCAGUUGUUCGAGUCAUGUAUGAAGAGUGGUUUGUAUGAACAAGCCAAGCCUCUCCUUGAAACUUAUGUGAAUUCAGCUGCAAAAGUUGAUCUCAUACUUUACACCUCCAUUCUAGCACAUCUUGUAAGAUGUCAGGACGAACAGAAUGAGAGGCAUUUGAUGUCCAUUCUUAGUGCUACAAAACAUAAGGCACACGCAUUUAUGUGUGGACUCUUCACAGGCCCAGAACAGAGAAAACAACCUGUUUUAUCUUUUGUGAGGGAGUUCUUUCAGGGUAUUGAUUAUGAGAUGGAAGAGGGGGCUGCGAGAUUCUAUGUUAACGUUCUUCUCAACUACCUUGUUCUUAUGGGGCAGAUAAACCGGGCACGUUGUGUUUGGAAAGUUUCCUAUGAGAAUAAGCUUUUCCCCAAAGCAAUAGUUUUUGAUCAGCAAAUUGCUUGGUCCCUUGAUGUGAGGAACUUAUCAGUAGGAGCGGCUCUUAUAGCAGUGGUGCAUACUCUCCACAGGUUCAGAAAGCGGAUGUUGUAUUAUGGUGUCAUCCCAAGACGCAUUAAAUUGGUCACUGGACCUACUUUAAAGAUUGUUAUUGCCCAGAUGUUGAGCUCAGUGGAUUCUCCCUUUGAGGUUAGUAAAGUUGUUUUGAGGGCGCCGGGAGACUCAGUAAUGGAAUGGUUUAAAAAACCAAUAGUGCAACAGUUUCUUCUGAAUGAGAUUCCUUCCAAGGCUGACAUUCUCAUGCACAAGCUGAACAUACUCUUUCCUAGUUCUGCACCUGAAAUUAGAUCUCUGUCCCCUCCCAAACCUCUCAUUGGAGGAGGGAAAGCAAUGUAAGUUUCGGCUAUUACUAGUAUCUUAUCAAAAAGUUUUUUCUCUUAAUUAAGAUACAUUGCAUUUGUUUUUUCUUGAGUCUUUCUAGUUUACAAUGACAUUUAUAGAAACAAUUUCACACCUAGAUACAUAGCUUGUAUUCACAUAUCUGACUAUAUGAGUUUCAACUAGUAAAACUUGCUUUCAUGUAGUAGGUGUGUUUGAUUGGCAUGCCUUCUUUAUACAAUGUAAACCAGUACAUAUUGACCUAACAUGCAACUACUGUAUUCAUCUUGUUUUGGCUCUUGAACUUUUAUAUCUAUUCAUGUAUUGUCUGCCAAUCUCUCAAA